AUGAAGCGACAAUGCGUCGAUGGCGCUUUGGACGCCGCUCAUCCCGGUUUGUGUUUUCACCGCGAGGUGCUGACGUAUUUGAGGUGGUCGGCCAUUCGCCGCGACUUUCUGGAGGCACUGCAGGCCUCCCCGCACCUCCGCUUCAUUGAACCGAAAAAGUUAUGGCGCCACAGCCAGGAGGCACUGGGGAAGUGGGUCCUUUCGCAGUUGGCACGCGACACGCGAGGCGACAGAGAUGCCGCCUCAUCCGUCUCCUUCUUCCCUACAAGAGCCAUGCUGUCGUCUGGCACAUACGACGAGCAGCUCAUCCGCGAUGUUUCGCUCAAGUGCGAGUCGUCCGGCACCCCAACAGUCGUUGCGAAAAUUAAACAGUUAAUUGCAAGUUUUAAUCUCUCGAAGCGCUGCGAGGACGCGGCGGCGGAGGUGCUGCAGGAAUUGGAAUCCGCAAGUCCCUCCAUUUACUGCACCCCAUCUUUGCGCAUCAUUGACGCGGCGGAGGUGGGAAACCGCACGGGGUCACAGCGUCGAGUGCAUGGCGCCAUCGCAGAGAUUAGCGUCCGGCAGCCAAAACACGCGCGGCAUGGUUGCCCGCCUGUUUCGAUUCCACUUGCGGCGUACAAGAAACUGGAAAUGUGCUACAAACAUUUUGCUGAGAAGACAGAUGGUGAGCGAUAUCCCAGGCUGGACUACGGCAACCGGUUUCUGCUUCGAGCGGCAACAAUUGCGCUACGCUACGAAGGAUGCCUGGCGACGGGAUCACUGCAGUUGUGUGCCGAUAUCAGUCUAAAGCAACAUUUGCAUGCCGCCGGCUAUCAUGUCAUGGAUUUGUGUGCCUCCCCGAUUAAUGCGUACAUGGGUUCCCCAAAGACUGGUUCCUACAACAACAAUGAAGACUCAUCACUUGAGGGUGAAAAAGUGCCUAAUCACUUUUGCAGUGCCUUUCCUGACACAGAUUGUUACUUUGGCAGCCUUGGUAGUGCGCUAAAGUUUGAUGUUGAGGCCGCAUACAAUUCACCUGUCGUAAAUCCGGAAAAGAAGCCUUUGCUAUUGACGCUUGAUGUGCCUUAUGAUGAAGACCUCUGUGAACGGCUUUUCUCAAAGCUCGUGAAUGACAUGCAACAAGCUGCAAGUAAAAUGAUGAUAGCGAAUGAAAAGCAACUACCCCCGCCAUUUGUUGUAGACUAUGUGUUAGUGUUGCCUCUAUGGUGGGAUCUCCCGAUGGAAAGAAAGAAGCUGCUCUUCACAACAUCUGGUGGUCCGCCACUCUCUUCAGAUGAGGAGGAAGCAUCAAUGGAUGCUAUUUUCAAGGAGCGCAGUGCCGUGUUGAACAACGGCUACACCGUCCCAUACGAAUGGCCACAACGUCUGGCGAAGACAGCAGGAAAAAGUUGGGUUUGUUUUGAUGGUAUUUUUGUUGGUGAUAGUUACAACUACUUUUGUACCAUCACGAAUAAAUGGAUACCCGGUGUGACUGCCACAGAAGUUAUUGGUUUGGCGCAACCCCGAGCAACCGCAGAUGGAGGUCAAUUGCUGGAGACGCUAUUCGCUUCUUUCUAUGGAACCCAGCAGGCCUAG